GUUCCCCUUGAGCUGAUCUCAUCGUGCAGGUCUACGUUAGAUUUUUUUUAACUUAUUGUGAAAUUUGGCACUUCCUGACUCUCCACCUUCCUGCAACCUGGACGUCUCUGCGUCGCAGUGGCCCGAGCACGCCGGGGUGAUCUCCCCCUGCGUCGGCAGUGCCGGCUUUGGCUGUGAGAGCUUCCAGGCCUCCGGCCCGUCUCUCAGGCCGGCGUCAAGGUCGACUCCCGGUUUCCAAUGAGGGUGGGGCGAUCUCUGAGUAACACGAUCCUCUCACUGGCCCGGAACAGAAGCUGAGUGCUGGUCUGACUGCUGUUUGCUUCCCCACCCCCCAAGGAUGUUAAGAUGUUACCGUGAGUGGGGGAAGUAAAGUGCCGUUCGGGAGGAGCCCGAGAGUGUGCUAACGAGCUGGGUGGAGUCGCUGCACACCGGCUGGGCUCCCAUGUAGUUCCACCUUCCCGGCUGACCUGCUUCGCAACGUCCUGAAGUUCGACGGGAGGGAAUCCGAGUGAGCCGCGAUGAAGCACACAGUGGGGCACGUGGAGCUCCCGAACCAGCCCAAGCCUGUGGGCAGGACCAGCAUGCCGCGCAAUCGAGGGUCCAUUGCCACGACGGCCGAGGACACCCCUCACAUCGGCAACUACCGGCUGCUUAAGACCAUCGGCAAGGGCAACUUUGCCAAGGUGAAGCUGGCUCGCCAUGUGCUGACAGGGAAGGAGGUCGCUGUUAAAAUAAUCGACAAGACCCAGCUGAACUCCUCCAGUCUGCAGAAGUUGUUCCGUGAAGUUCGAAUAAUGAAGAUUCUCAAUCAUCCGAACAUAGUUAAAUUAUUUGAGGUUAUUGAAACAGAGAAGACACUGUAUCUAGUAAUGGAGUAUGCCAGUGGGGGGGAGGUCUUUGAUUACUUGGUUGCGCAUGGAAGAAUGAAAGAGAAGGAAGCCAGAGCCAAAUUUCGACAGAUAGUGUCUGCUGUGCAGUACUGUCAUCAGAAAUGCAUUGUUCAUCGGGAUCUGAAGGCCGAGAACCUGCUCCUAGAUGGGGACAUGCACAUCAAAAUAGCGGACUUUGGCUUCAGUAAUGAGUUCACGCUGGGGAGUAAACUGGACACGUUCUGCGGGAGUCCUCCCUACGCUGCUCCGGAGCUCUUCCAGGGCAAGAAGUACGACGGGCCAGAGGUGGACGUUUGGAGUCUUGGCGUGAUCCUCUACACCCUCGUUAGCGGCUCGCUGCCUUUCGACGGACAGAACUUGAAGGAACUCCGGGAGAGAGUGCUGAGAGGCAAAUACCGAAUCCCCUUCUACAUGUCCACAGACUGUGAAAACCUACUCAAGAAAUUCCUGGUACUAAACCCCGCCAAACGAGGCAACUUAGAGCAAAUCAUGAAAGAUCGGUGGAUGAACGUCGGCUACGAAGACGAUGAGCUGAAGCCCCACGUGGACCCCGAGCCCGAUUACAAAGAUCCCCGGCGGACAGAGCUGAUGGUUAACAUGGGGUACUCGCGGGAAGAGAUCACCAACUCCCUAGUGAACCAAAAAUACAACGAAGUCAUGGCCACAUACCUGCUGCUGGGCUGGAAGACCUCGGAGCUGGAGACGGACUCUCUGUCCAGCAGCAACCUGUGUGUGAAGCCCCGCUCUGACCACGCCAACAGCAACGCACAGUCACCCUCCAGCAAGGUACAGCGGAGCGUCUCGGCCAGCCAGAAACAGCGGAGGAUCACUGACCAAGCUGGCCCCAACGCUCCCACGUCCAAGAGGAACCAGGCCAACAGCACCAACUCCAAACACCCAGAGGAGGAGAAGGAGGGCUCUGAGCGUUCCGGCAGCAAUGUCAAGGUGCCCGCCAGCCCGCACGGGGCCAGCGACAGGAAGAAGGUGGUCUCCUCUGCUGGCAUGAACAGUGCCCUGCCCACCAGCGUGGCUAGAGGCAGGAACUCCCCCCUGGUGGAACGAGCUGGCAUCGGCCAGCAAGGCAGCAUUCACAAUGGCAAAGACAGCUCGACGGUGCAGAGCUCCAGGAUACCCUCCAUGUCGGUGACCUCGGCCAGGACACGCCACAGCAAGUCCAUGUCCACCUCGGUGCAUCCCUCGAAAUGCACAGGGAACAGCGGUGACUCGCAGCGCCCCAGCACAGCCCCGCAGCGCAUCCCCGUCACCUCGCCGUCCGCCCACAACAUCAGCAGCAACGUGGCCGAGCACGGGAACUUCCCCCGGGGCGUGGCGAGCCGGCGCACCAUCGACGGCGGGCAGCUGCGCCAGUUCCGUGACCAGCAGAACGCCGCCUACAACGGCCCCCCCGCCUCGCCCACCCUGUCCCACGGCAACAGCCAGCAGCGCAGAGGGGCGUCCAGUAACAUCUUCAGCAAGUUCACCUCCAAGUUUGUGCGCAGAAAUCUGUCUUUCAGAUUUUCGAGAAGGGCGCCCAAUGAGGGAGAGAUCAGAGACCGAGCUGAGGGGCAAAGGCCGAACGCCAUCAGCGAGAAGGACGAGAACAAGGACAUGAAGCCGCGGUCCCUACGCUUCACCUGGAGUAUGAAGACGACGAGCUCGAUGGAGCCCAACGAGAUGAUGAAAGAGAUUGGCAAGGUGCUGGACGCCAAUAACUGUGAACACGAGGGCCGCGAGCGGUACAUGCUGUUCUGCAUGCACGGCGACCCUGCCAAAGACAACCUGGUGCAGUGGGAGAUGGAGGUGUGCAAACUGCCGCGGCUCUCCCUCAACGGUGUCCGAUUCAAGCGCAUCUCUGGCACCUCCAUCGCCUUCAAGAACAUUGCAUCCAAAAUCGCCAACGAGCUCAAGCUGUGAGGACAUUCCCCUGGAGAGGCGGCAAAGAGCCCGACUCACUCCCGUUGGCCUGGAUUUCUGUCAUGGCAUAUUUCUCUGCGUUUAGUGUUCCUAAGUUUAUUUUUUAGUUUAUUUUUUUUUAAAUUCUGCCUGAUCAUGUCUUGCACACUUGUCACGCUGGGGCCUGUUCAUUGGUCGCGGGAUUAUCCACGGUUUGACCCCCCCCAAGGGUGGGGGAAGGGGUCGCACGCAGAGCAUUACACUCAAUCAAUGUAGCAGAUGGGUCAGGGGUGGGGUCACGUCAGCCCUGAACUGGCACUUGAAGGGUUAAAGUGAUAUACAUCAACCUCCUCCUCGUUCACAGGUUAGAUCAGCCCUCCUCCCCCACCCCAGGGGGAUGUGUGUGUCACCCAUGAACACGGAGUCUGGACACCUUACCAUUCCCUGGGAGGAGGGGCAAGGGCAACUGACCCAGGCUUCUCCCUCCCCUUCUGCCCACGUCUCAAGUUUUGUGGAGAGGAGUGUUCGAGGGUACACAUACCCUGGUCUUUUGAAGCCCCACCCUGAGACCAGCGACACUACAUGGCCGGGCUGAUCCCGACGGCCAUUUCUUUCCGCACCUGCGAUCACGCGUUACCUCUCCCCCUCGCCCGCGUUUCUUUUGUGUAUAAUCUUUUCCUGGGUCCCGCGGGGCAGGGCUGGGGCUCGGCCCUGUCAUCGAUUCUUGCCGUCGGAAGUUCCAAGAGCAUCCUUUCUUUUUUAAAAUUGUAAAUGAAUUAAUGAAGCUGUGUCCUGUCUUUGGAAUCUGCUGUUCCUGUCCGUUAAUUUUUUAAUUAAUUAAACAGAAAAUAAAUAGAGCGAGCUCUCGGGGACUUUUCUUUGUCUGACGACGUCGGAGAUUCCCUGCCUGGUUCUCCCCUGAGCCAGUGUCCAUACACGUUUGGUUUCUAUUCCUUUCCCACCCCACCACAUGCACCGUUUCUGACAUCUGCAAACUCAGAUCAUUAGCCCAACUCCGUCACCUCCACCAGAACCGGUUGUGGUGAGUGCGUGGAACACCCUGCCAGAGGCCGAAACAUGAGGGACAUGGAGAGUAGAGCGGAGGAACAGGCCCACAAUGUCAUGCCAAAUCCCAAAACACUAAUACCUCCUGCCUAGCCAAAUGUCUCUUCAUCGUACCAGGCAUUUCCCCCUCUCAUCUUCAAUGCACACCCUCUGGCAUUAGACUUUAAUCCUGAGAAACAGGUACUCCCUAUCUACUCUGUCCUGCCUUUCAUAAACCUCUACCACUCCAGAGAAAACAACCCAAAUUUGUCCAGCCUCUCGUGAUAGAAAGUGCCCUCUAAACCAGGCAGCAUCCUGGUGAACCUCCACAUCCUUCCCAUAGUGGGGCAACUGGAACCGUAUGCAAUACUCCAGAUGUGGCCUAACCAGUUUUAUAACGUUGCAACAUAACCUCUUGCCCUUCGACCUCAAUAGGAGAGCUGCAGCCAGGCACAUGGUUAGUGUCAUGGGAAGGUUUCAGGAUGGGUUCGAUCUCUGCUCUCUGAUUGACCAUUGUUUAGCUGGACUGUGCAGGCUGCCUCACGUUGUGCUGGUUGUUGACACAUUUCACUGUAUUUUUCAAUGUACACGUGAUAAAUAAACUUUAAACUUGUUACAAAUC